AUCAGAGAACCGGUGAGAAAGUUACAUUGUCUCUUAUACUAUUACAUGAUAAUAUAUGCAGAACAUAUCCUUUAUUUUUGUCACUUAAAGCCAUACAAAGUCCUAUAUCAUAACCAAAAGCCUCGGCAAUCUACGUAGUGCACCCUAAAGAGCUCAUCCGUUCUCUGCGCAGCUAAAGGGUUCAUCAGUUCGCUGUGCCCCUGUACGUCCCGGACCCGCAUAAAUAGCUAGCCCGUUCCUUGUCUUUACCCCUUGUCUUUACCCCCCAGUUCUAAAUCAUGGUUGAAGCAGACGUUACACUCUCCAGUGGCCACACAAUGCCCACUCUUGGGCUUGGUGUCUAUAUGAACGAGGAAUGCGCGGAAGCUUGUCAGGUUGCCCUUCAAAACGGUUACCGAAUGAUCGAUGGGGCCCGGUACUACGAGAAUGAAGUUCAAGUCGCUGUUGGGGUGAAGAAAAGUGGUAUUAAGCGCGAAAACGUCUUUAUCACUUCCAAAGUCAUCCACACCGAUUUCACCUAUGAUGGCACGACGGCUGCUCUGAAAGAUUCGAUCGCGAACCUUGGAUCAUCGUAUUAUGAUUUAUACCUGACCCACAGUCCCAUUGGAGGUAAGGAAGCCCGUCUUUCCGCUUACAAGGCCCUUUUGGACGGCAAGGCCAGCGGACUGAUCAGAUCUGUCGGUGUCUCCAAUUAUUCAGCAAAGCACAUAGAAGAGAUUCGUGAGGCUGGUCUAGAGAUGCCUGUUGUGAACCAAAUAGAGUUGCAUCCGUUCUGCCAACAAAAACCCAUCGUCGAAUAUUGUAUCAAGCACAACAUCAUUGUCCAAGCAUAUUCCCCUCUUGUGCGCGGUGCUUUCGACAACCCAGUCAUUCAGGAACUCUCCGCAAAGUACUCCAAAGAUCCUGCUCAAAUUCUUGUCAGGUGGUCUUUACAGCGAGGAUUUGUGCCUCUACCCAAAUCCUCCCAGCCCGAGCGUAUCAUAUCCAACGGCCAAGUAUAUGGUUGGAACAUUGAAACUGCGGAUAUGGAAAAGCUUGACGCGCUGGACCGCGGGACGGAGGGCGCAAUCACAUGGAAUCCAGUCGAUGCCGAUUAAGGAGUCAGGGUCAACCACCUCACAGGCACCUCCUUGUCAUCACAAAUUGUACGUAGGAAUGUACCAAUAUGAGCGAAGAAUACAAUUCCAUCGUAUGCAAUAUAACAACAUUCGAACACAACAGAAAGAUACAGCAACCACCACAAUAAACAAUCGCGGUUUGCUCCGACAGAAGGUUAAUAGGAGGUCAACAAGAGAGAAAAUCUGUAUUGGUAGAGUCUAGAAAAUGAGCAUACAUCG